UCGACAACUUUCAUCUUCGUUAUAACAAGCUAAGGCUGAAUGACUUCUUUGCUGUCACAUCCGUACAGUCUUCUUCUAAGGCAUCGUCUACAUGCCCAAGAAUCGUCCAAAGGUGUGAAUGAGUUUCUGGGGAAAUGGUAGAAUUACCCUAUCAGAGAAAGCCGUUAGCUCGGGGGAAGCUGAUUGGUCGGUGUACGGUCUCCUGUAUCUCCGUUUUGCUCUCUCAAUUUGCUCUCUCUUUGAUCCCUCGCUUCUUCUCUGCCUCCCCACUUCUCAUCCAAGUCGCACUCUCAGCUCUGGUAUUGCUGGUGUUUGUGGUUUUGGGGAGAUGGUGUAGGCGGCUUCUUGGAGUCCAUGCGUCGGCUCCGGCUUUUGUUUUCUUCAAUGUGCUGUUCGUUUGGGCUCUUUACUUCGCUGUCAUUCGACGAGCUGUAUCAUUGGUAAUGGAUAUUGUGUUUAGUGGAGAGGUUACCAUGCUCAUCAUUGGUCUGUGUAGUAUCAUUGCAAGCAAUCCUGGUUUAGUAACAUGUGGGUCUUCCUGUGCAAAUGAACUUGUCGAAAGUUUAGAUGCUGAAGUUGAAGCCCAUAAUGAGGUAGUGGAAACCUCAGCAAGUGGCUUGUGUCAUGAAUCCCUGACCAAGGGUUCUACUUUGGGCAGGAGGAUAAAAUAUUGUAGAAGCUGCAAGGCAUACAUAGAGGGAUUUGAUCACCAUUGCCCUGCUUUUGGGAACUGUAUAGGCCAAAAUAAUCAUGCCCUCUUCAUGGUUCUUCUAGCUGGAUUUCUUGCUACUGAAGCUUCUUACGUAGUAUGCUCAUCCCAGUUUGCUGCAAAGUCCCAGAUCAUAGAUAGAACUACGUUGGAGACUAGUCUGUCUGGAAAUCUGGCUAUUAGCACAAUGCUGUUCUCUAUUCUCCAAUUGAUGUGGCAGGUGGUGUUUAUGUCAUGGCACAUAUAUUGUAUAUGUUUCAACAUCAGAACUGAUGAAUGGAUAAACUGGAAAAAGUAUCCCGAGUUCCAACAUGUUAUUGAGUCGCAACCAGGGCAAAGCUUUAGUAAGGUGAGAUUUAGAAAUCCAUAUGAUAAGGGCAUUCUAGAAAAUGUGAAGGAGUUUCUAGCUUUAGAAGAAAAGUAGAACUAGCACAUACGUUCUCUGCCAGCCCUUCUUGAUUGUCUGGCUUCCUUGCGUUGCUCUUAAUCUUCAGUUGUGAGGAGCAUUUACUUGUAAUAGUCCAAGUAACAUCAUGGCCGGCCUGUGAACGUGAAUAUAUGUAUACAUGUGUGUGUGAUUAGCAUUUAAUUGAAUAGCAUAACAAAUUCAUAUUGCUACUGAAUAUGUUUUUUUGGACACCGAGAAUGAAAAGUUUUCAUGAUA